AUGCCAAGACGUUGCUGUAUUCCUGGCUGUAAGGGAAAUUACGACAGUACUUUGAAAUCAAAUAAUUAUGCUUCUGUUUUCCUCUUUCCAAAGAAUGAAGAAUUGAGAAAAAAAUGGUUAGCUGCUAUUCCUAGAAAAAAUUGGUCUCCUACAAAAUAUUCUGCAGUUUGUAGUUUUCAUUUUGCUGAAAAUGAUAUUCAAAGAUAUGAGAAAAUUGUAUGUACUAAUAAUACAAUUGAAAAUGUUUUAUUGUGUCGUCCAAAGCUUGUAGAGAAUGCAGUACCUUCUAUUUUUCCUAAUGUGUCAACUUAUUCAAGACACGAAACUAAAAAAACCUUUUAUUCAAGACUGAAACGUAGAAAAAAUUUCAAAGAACAUAAUUAUUCCAAACAACAAGUUAUUCCAAAUGAUGAAUGUUUAGUCCAAGAAUGUAAAGACUUAGAUUUAAUCACAAAUUUUUCAGAUUUAGUGAAUAAGUAUAAAGAAAAACUUAUAAUUUCAGAUUGUUGGAAUAUCAAAUUAAUAAAAUCUAAAAUUUAUUUUUAUAAACUUGAUUAUGAAAAUGAUAUUUUAGUACUUAAUACUCAAAUUGUUAUUAAUGACCAAAUGAAAUUAUAUGUUUUUCAUAAAGGUAAUAAAAUUUCUUUUCAUGAAUUAAAAUGGGUAUUACCUGGUGAUAUGAAAUUAUCCAGGUGGUACCAACUUCAAAAUUUAUUGACAUGGUAUAAAUCUACACCUGAUGUACCUGAUAGUGAUGAAAUAAUUCUUAUUGAAUAAUACCUUAAGAAAUUUUUAGACAUAUGCAUUAAUAUAUAUAUAUAUAUAUAGAUAUAUAUAUAUAGAUAUCAUUGUAAAUUAUUAUAGUAGACUAAAAUAAAAAAUAGAAAAUACUA